CCAGUCUAGUUAAAGUUUGAAAGGGCUCCAAGAUCCCCUUCCUAUCAAAGAAAACCUAAAAGAAAGAAAGAAAGAAAGAAAAUGGGGUUUGCAUUGAAUCUGAUAGACUUUGUUCUGUUCCUGUUCUUCCUGUUAAUAGCAUUCACUGCACCCCUCAUUGAUGGACAAACAUGUCUUCCUCUCACUUACUUCCCUGAAUUUCUCGUCCAGCUUAAGCAAUGGUACACCCAUGAAUAUGGUGAUUACCUUGUUUCUGAGAAACCUCACUUCUUUGUUGGCUUGGUUUGGCUCGAGCUUCUGUUUCUAUGGCCCCUUUCUCUUCUUAAUCUCUAUGCCCUCUUCGCUUCCAAGCCUUGGUUCAACACCACUUGCUUGAUCUAUGGUGCAUCCCUCUCCACUUCCAUGGUUGCUGUGUUAUCAGAAAUGAUGCUCUCCAACAAGGCAUCCGAGAAGCUAUUGAAAAUGUACUUCCCUUUCAUGGGUUUUGGUGUCUUAGCUCUCUUGCGAGGGUUGAUGUCAAAUUCUUCGAGGUCAUCUUCAAGCAGUGGCCGGAGACCUGCUUUCGCACUGAGGAAAAAACGUGCUUGAAGUGACAGCUGUUGAGUCGAACACGAGAAAAUGGUAACUGAGAAAAAGAUUUUGUAUUAGGCAAACUUCAAAUUCCAUCGUGUUGCAUAAUUUGCCAUGAGAAGAAAUAAAAUGUUAAUGUUGGAUAA